AUGGAACCCCAAACACCAAACAUCUUAACUCAAGUGUUCGACCAGGUGUGGCUCGUCCCGCGGGGCCAAAUAUCCAGUAACUGUCGUUGCCUGCACAUGCGGUUUCUUCUGGUCUUCAAUGCUCAAGCCCAGUGGGGCUUACCGAUGCCUACCCCUGAUGAUAUCCACCGCAUCGGUAAUUACAACCCGCAUCAGCAGCAUCGGGCAUUCCCCCUUUUUCACCGAGAGGCUGAACCCACUCCUCUCUCAUCACCUCGGACCAGCUUGAUUGGCGCGCCAAGCCUUCUCCUGACCUUCUUGGGGCCUUCGCGAAGGGUUUCGAAGGCCCGUGGAACAUCCCAGCGCGGACGGUCUCCGUUUGUCCUGCUUGAUCCCUAUUCUGGACGGCGUGCGCACGGAGGCCCGAGCCUUAUGACCGCAUCGUCGACCCCCGGCCCGAGGCUGAGCACGCGCUAG